AGGAACCUAGUUAAAGGAGGAUGUGCGUGAUCCUUCAGAGGUGGCGAUCGGUCUAGGUUUAGUCUAGGAAGUAGCGACUCUAGUUUUCCUAGGGGGCCCACACCUAGCCUAACCUUGGUAUAAAAUCGUGGUGGACUUCUAACACGCUCAAUAUCACUAGUGAUCUGAAUCUAGUAUAAUUCUCUUUCGUUUUAUUUACUAUUACAGUACUGCACUUUUACUUUUUUCAGCACACAAAUGAACAACAAUCAUGGUCGCAGCCUCGAAAAAUCGAGGACGCUCUCGAACGGCAUCGUCGCAAAAUAUUGCCGCCCUUCAACAGGCAAGUGGCAACUUACUCGAGCAAGAGCAACUCCAAGUCUUAAAUCGGCAACUAGCCGAGCUGGAUGACCUUCUGUGUUUGGCAGAGGUGACUCCAGACGUCUGGGACAGUUUCUUAAGUGCCGACGGUCGUUUAGAGCCGCUUUCUUUGGGGCUGGUGUCCGACACAGCUGCUGCAAAGCUUUUGUCAGGACCGAACUUGCGGAAAGCGGAAAAGCUGCUACAUGGGAUACGAAAGCAAGUUCGUGACGCGGAUGUUGUAUCCGCGAGUCGUGCUGCAAGAGGGCAUGAAAUCUCACUUCUGCAGAACAGUGACUACAGAGAAGCACCCGAGGCAGGUGAGGACCAGGAGAGGAACGCCCUGUCAUCACGACUAUGGGACUUGUUGCAGAUCCGGCCUCCGAUCAGUGGAGGAGACAUUGAUGUGGGUGACGAGGAUGACCAUGCAGCAGUCGCGCAGGGAGCCUCAUCUUCGUCUUCAACUAGCCGUUUGAAAGGGCUAGUAUGUGUCAUUGGCUUUGCCGUGAAUGCGAUGGAAAUCGCAAAAGUUUGUGGUGCGGAAGGGGACCAAUUUUUACAAUUAGACACUGGAGCUGCUGGACGAGGGGGAAAUACUAGUUCUUCGAAUUCUACUUCUCCAGCCGCAGCUUUCAUCAUAGCUCAAGCAGCAGCAAGAUGCUACUACGCUUUACUGUCUUUGCCAGGGAUGGAGACGCAGCGUGGCAUUUUGGUGAGACCGUCGUUACUGCGACGACUGUUCUCCAACAUCGUAGAUGCUGCAGCGUUCAGCCUCAGCGUGAAGCCAGUGUUUGAGCUACGGAAUUUUCUGGAGACGUUUCCAUUGGGAACGUGUUUGGACCAAGUACGGUAUGGAUUGGACGCCGUUCUAGCUUUGCUGUCGCGGCCAUUCGAUCAUCAUGCUGCGUCAGCGGCGAUAGCUGCUGGAUGUGCGACGACCGGUUUCUAUCCGUCAUGGUUUUGUUUGAUUUUUCGUUGUGAUCAACGCAUGAUUAAGAUUUAUUUUAAGUGACAUUCAUUUUUCCAAUUUGCAAAAUACUUAAUAAAGUGAGGGGGAUGAAAAUGAGAAUCUAGUAGCGAGAACAAACGGCGCUUUCUUACACUCCAUCGAAUGCCAGGUGAGGAUGUACCAGCAGUGACCAGAAAAAAGGCAGACCUUCAAGACGAUGACGGGCCAGGACAACAAGUAGCCGUUGCUCACAGAAGCUCCGCAGCUCAAGUAUUCCCUUUUUACGAGGAUAGAAACGUCCCACUAGUUCUGGAAUUUUAUCGGCUAGCGGAAACGGUUUUACAAGGCAUCACGAAAACUGACUCGCGGCUCUUCGCGGUAGCGCACUUUUUUCGAGGCUUGAUGCCCUUGCUUGUGAUGACAGCGCAGGAUCCGCUGCCGCAGAGGCUUUCCGCAGCAGGACCGCAUACAAAGGUACUACUGCAGGAAGAAAAGAUCACCAAUCUCUCAAAUCAACUUCCUGAACAAGAUGCAAGAAGAAACAGACAACUUUGAUUCUUAGAAGAUAUCAACAAGUACAAGCAAUUCAAUUUCAAAUGGAUGACCCUUCAAAUGGACCACGUUGAUCUUACAGGCAUCAGUUCUCGCAGCGCUACACGUUCACAAAUUCGCCGUGGAACGCUUUCCGCAUGUAAGCGAUGAUAAAGAGGGUAGAAAGCGGGUUUUCAUGGACCAUGAUGAAGACUGCGACAAGUUUCUAAAUGCACGUCGUGAAAGGCAUCGCGCAGCAGCACUUGCGAAGUUGAUCCAGGAGAGGCGGGAGCGGAAGCGAGAGCGUCGAAAGCGAAGAAAGCAACUACGUGCGGAGGAAGCACAACGAAAGAAGCAGGCUGCUAGUGCUGGGGGUGAUAGCGUAGGAGCAGGCGUAGGUGCCGUUGCAGUUGCAAGAGGUGGGGGUAGAGGCUUCGAUCCUUUUUCGCCAGGAGGUAAAAGCAGCUCAUCGGAUGAUGAAGACGAGGAAGAUGUCGAUAGUUCGAGUUCAUCGGAGGACGAAGCGACAACGAUGGAAUUGGAUGAGAAUGGUCGAAGAAAAGUAAACACUGAUGCCGCGCAACGUAAACUUAAGGCCCCCACCGCCAAAGCAUCUUCCCCAGCAUUCUCCUUUGCUCUUUUUCUACAGUUGAAGACGAAGCCAAGGAUGUUGGUCGCAGGGAAGAUGUGAAAGCGGCUGCUCCUCCACCUCUAAGAACCGUAAGAAACAAAAUUUGACACGAAAAGUCAUCACUCUCAGUCCCUAUACCGGUUUGUUGCAGCAACUAGUGAUUAGCUGUCCGGAACGCGCUGAUUUUCGGGAGAGUCUGAUUAGUGUGGUCUUGCUGAUUCUGAUAAAGGGAAGGAGUCAGAAGUUGCUCAGCAGGUUUUUGCUGUUUCUGGAGCACAUGCUAGGUUGCGAAGUACCUGGGAAACGAGCUACUGCGAGUGAAGUUUUGUCCGCGGUUUUGGAAUGCAUCGGUGGAGGUCAUUUUAUCGAUGCUGAAGUAGAUGAUGCAGAUAGCAGGAAAAAUGCGACAGCAACGGGAAGUAUUCAACUAAACGGCGGUGGAGAUCCAAACUCUACUCCACCUUUGAAUCCAGCAGACGACGACUCGAGAGGCCAAAACGGUCUAACAGGUCGCUCACCAGCUUCUCCAACCAGGAAGCGACGUAGUAGCAAUGGUGGCAGUGUACUAUCACCACAAAAAGACGAAUCUCUACUACAACCUCAAUCUCAACAGUCUGCUUUUAAAAACACCUCUUCAUCUCACUCUCAGCAAAUGCUCCAGAGUGUCGGAAUGAGUAGUGUUUAUCGAAGUGCCCGCCGGCGUUUAAAUGCUCCUAAAUCAUCUCCUCGUGGGAGAGCUGGAACUUUUCUCGAUGAUGCUGAUAAGAAGGCUUCACAGCUAGCAGAUGAUGCAGCGCUAGUUGCUUCGGGAAAAGAUAUUCUUAGUAUCGAGCGGGUUUCUUCUUUUCCGCGUAGUAAUGAGUGGAUUCGGGAGACGUGCAGACGGCACGUUUUGCUGUGCAACAAGAAGGAACAGGAGAAGUAUGUCAAUGAUAUGCUUCUUGCUCCUGAUACUGAGACUGAUGUUGAACAAGGUAUUAGAAGUAAUUCAGCGUUGUUAGAAAUCCCACCAGCACGUGCAGACCGUCUUAUUCGUUGUAUUCUCGCACGCACUCGCGACACCAUCCCGAAUGUGCGAGUGAAGGCGUUGCAGAGCAUCGCACUAGCACUGAAUAGCAACGAGGGAAGCUUGCUGAGGACGAAAAGGAGUAGUGAGGAUGUGGUUGUAGGGGCUGAUGGUGCAGUAGAGAAUCAGAAACAUCAGAAUGUAGAGGAACACCAGCUGCAGGUGCAGGACUUUCUUCAUUCAACGUUAACAGGUGUAGCACGUGCAGGUCUUCAGGGUCCACAAGCUGCAGUACAAGCCGCAGCACAGGCUUUGCGGUUUAGAGAACAGCAACUGAGGCAAAUGAGAGCAUCAGCUAGUGGGCCGUCAUCUCUGUUGAGCAAUGGUGGCCGAUUAGUAGACAAGAAAUUUUUACCGGCAGGCGGUCUAAUACACCAAGGUGUGGAGGAAGUGUUGCGCACACUGCCUGCUGAGCAGUUGGAGCGCGAUGCGGAAGCAUACUAUGCUGUGACACCAGCGGGGUCGCCAUCCUCAGGGAGAGAAGAAAUGUGGGCAAAUGAACAAGGAAAAGGUCCUCGUGGUGGAAAGAACGAAGGCCAAGAGCAUGUUGACCAACUAGAAGAUGCAGAUGGAGAUGCGCAGAUGAACGGCGCAACACCCGCAGAGUACAACCAGGGAUUCAUGACCGCAGGUGGCGAAGAUCUUUAUGGUGGUCAAGUAGCUGAACAAGGUCAGCUUACUCCACCUCCUAAGACUAAAAAGCGCAAAGCAGAGGAAACCGAUCCGGAGGAAGAGAUGAUGCCCGGCUACGGCAACGCUGCAUCCGGUAUAAAUACAACUACAUCAAGCAUGUUCCACUUUAGCGAAGCUGAGGGUGGUCGCGAUUGGGAAAUGCUGAGGAUAGCAGCGCAGCUAUUCACAGAACGGAUGAAAGACGAUAAGCCGACUGUGCGACAAAACGCUUUGAAAUUUCUGGACACGUUGUUGCCGACCUUGGUUCAGACAUUUGAAGAAAAUAGUGUGCACACGGCUAGCGGUUUGCAGGGUUCUUCGUCUUCCUCUGGAGGUGUAGUAUUCGGACCAGGAGGUGUCGCGGUUGGAACGUCUGCAGCUAGUUCUAGCUCAUCCACUUGCUAUUUCGUGCCGAUGAACGACAAGAAUAACACUCCUGCUGAUUCAACUACAGCCCCUUUUUUUAGUGGUGCUGAGUAUCUAGAACUAGAGUCUCGUGCACUACCGGAGCAAGAGUCUGAUCAGGCCGCUGAAAAUCUUUGGGUCUUUACUCCCGGAACAAACCAGCAGGGAAUAAAUGCUAAGAAGAAGGACCAGCGGGUACGACGUCGCGUGUACCUCUUCGAAAUCGAUCCGAGAUACUCGAGUAGUCAAGAUGAGGCAAAGAAGCAGGCGGAACAACAGCUCCUUGGAGGCGACGAAGGACCAGAAAUUACCUAUCUUUCGCCUCUAGUCCUCUUUCCUCUCGAGUCCGUAGUGUCCUCUGCAGGAGACGAAGCAGUGUCUGUUCGCAAAUCUGCUGUUAGCACUCUUUCGCUGCUUUUGCGUACAGCGCCGCACGCUAGGUGUGUGCGGGAAGCUUGGUCGCAUGCGGUUUUGCCCUGUGUGAUGGACGUCGAGGUUUCUGUGGCAGACUUGGCCGUGUCAGAGAUAAAUAAAGCGAUCUUUCAACAAAUCGUCAGCACCAUGAACCAAAUCACUUCUGUGUAUAACAAGAGAACUGGCAAAUACAACCAGCAUACUAGUUGUACAACUGCAAAUCGAAUAGAACAGCCGUUAGAAGAGUUGCCGCCAGUCUAUCGGCUCUUGGAAGAGCUCGAUCAGGAAUGUACCGAGUAUAUGCAGCGUGCAGUGGGUAUCUUGCUGAAGAUAGACACGCAGCAAGUGAAAAAGCUUGUGCAGACACUUGAGUGCAUUUUGGGCAGUUUUAGUGUCAUGGGCCGCUCAAUUCCGAUCGGCGUCUUGGACUUGUUCGAUGAAGCGACGAGCAAAAUAGUCAAGAAAAAGCCUGCGGCAGGUGAAGAUGAGUCAGCAAACACUAGUGGCACUAACAAGAAGACUUCCGCGAAUAAGCCAAAAGGAGGACCAGCGUCGAAACUUUUGAAAGCUACAACAGAUGAGGAUCCGUGGCGUGAUGUCAAGAUCAACAUGGAUACGCUGCUGAUGAUCUGGGAUAGCAUUUUUCGCAACGAGGAGAAGCACAUCGUCAAUGAAGUCCAUGAGGUUGAGGACGAAGAGAUUGAUGCUGAAGGCGCCUUCGCACAUGCUGCUGACAGCACAGACCGAAAGCAAUCGUUGGAAAGCCAAGGGGUGACAUUGCCCCAAGCAGGACGAGUAGGAGGUGGAGCAACAACAUCCACUAAUAGCAACAAGGGUGCAGCUGGUGGCAGGCAGAAUUUUCGGGUGUUGCAGCGAAUGAUCCGCAUCCUCGGAAAUUGCCACGCGAUGCUCAGCCUUGAUCAAAAGGGCCGACUGGCAUCAGUGUUUCGCGAUUGCAUCCUCGCUAGGCCCGAAUGCUUCGCUACAUCUCUACUUGGUGAUGUUAUCACGUGCCUCCAGAAAUUUCUCUCAACCGACGAGACGGACACCAAAGUGUCUAGUACUACAACCGCGAAUGCACCGCCGUCUUUAAACAAGACCAAAGCUUCCUCGUCAAGUCAGCCGGAGAAGAGCUCCAAAGCUUCAGCAGAUUCUUCGUUAAGCAGUGGCUCUAGUGGUCGUGUUGGCAACAAAUUCAUUGGCGCUGAUAACUUCAGCUACGACUUCCAGCCAUUAGUGACGCAGUGCAUGUCCAGCGUGCAGGAAAUCGCGGAGGAAAGGACAGGAUUCGACGAACCCGAAUCACGCAAGAGGCUGACACGACAUGUCUUUCUACUUGGUGAACUUGCCUUGAUCGAUGUGUGUUUCUCACCAUCACCAGCGACCACUAUUGCAGCACGGAGCAGUACACGAAACAAGGGGGUUUUGAAUAAGAAGGCAUCAGCUUUGUUUAUGGGACGAUCAUUUGCAUCGAUUUUUGCAUUCAAGGAAUGUCCAUGUUUCAGUUUCUAUUGCUUUGAGUACAAGUUGUUUCAAAUCUAGUAUUUUCUGUUGAAUCUGAGAUUAUAUUGGAAUGAAAUAAAAUAAAAUCAAAAUUUUUGGUUUUGAAAAUCAAUUCCAAACUUGAAUUUUGAAAUUGAGACUAUUUCAAUCUUGAAUUUCAGGGUGAAAAUAUGUAUAUUUUCAUCGUAUCUAUACCAAUCAACGUGUUUGACUUUGAUAGUGGUUGAAGGUUCUAUGUAUUUUUGGAGAAAAGAUACCAUUUCAGUAAGCUAAGGAAAAUCUUUCAUCAGGAAAUGAAAAAUUUGGAAAUUGAAUAAAAUCACAAAUUUUGGGAUUUGGAAUCAAAUUUGAAAAAUUCAAAUUCAAAAAAUAAUUUGCCGACUUCUUCUUUCAAGCAAGGUCAUAAAGGCUUGAAGCGUCACGUGAAGUUUGCUCCCCUUCCACCUCCCCUCUUCAUUCCCGUUACCGCGCCCGACCUGGUGAAGCAGCUACGGGGCAUUUGUGAGGGCAAAUGCGUCCGAGAUGAGGGCAGAUCCUUCGCUGACAUACCAGAAGUCCUACGGGGGCACGCAUUUGUGGCCUUUGGGAAACUAUGCUUGCGUGAUGAGGGUUUAGCCAAGAGAAGCAUCGAUAUGAUGGUCCAUUUUCUAUUGGAGCAUCAACAGCCAGUAGUAGUGAAGAACAACAUUCUGAUUCUUCUGGGAGAUCUAGCAACGGUCCACACCUCUUUGGUCGACCGCUUUGUGCCUUUGAUGACAGAUUUUCUCGGCCAUCCCUCUGGAGUCUUGCGACAAAAUGCAGUGUUGAUCUUGAGCUCGCUGUUGGCGGAGGACUUCAUCAAGUUCAAGGGGAACGUAACUUACCGCUUGGUGUUUUUGCUCGCGGACAUGGACAAAAAGAUAAGAGAUUUUGUCGAAGCUGUGUUUCUGCGCAUUCUGUUGCCUAGAAAUCGGCGUUUAUUCCAGCAAAACUUCCUCGACAUCUUGUGCGGAUUGAACAACUUUACCGCCUUGAAACAGCACCGCCAAACCACAGCUGCGAAUAAGGGCUUCAAUCUCCAAAAAUCACCAGCGAGACGGUUUCAGAUUUACAGCUUCAUGCUGAAGAUUAUGCCACACGCUGAGAAAUGGGAGGUUGCUGUGGCGUUGGUGAGGAGAUUUCUGCGGUACUGGUCCGACGAGAUGGAACCUGUGGAUCAACUACCUAUACCAAUACCUGGGUCAGGUGGAGCUGGUGCGAUCAUAGACACUCUCGCUUUGUUGCAGUGUAAGGAGAUGCGAGCAUGCUUCAGUCAGCGGUCGUAUCUGAACAGCAAUGCGGCUGGGGAUGUUAUGAUUGACAGGUCAGAUAGAGAUAUUAUAUAUACAUAGCAGUGAAGAUUAUAUAUUUUUCCUGGUCUGCGUAGAGAGACCUAGAAUAAAGCAAGUGCCCUUACUAGUACCUUGAAAAUAGUUGUCCUAAAUCCUUCCUCCUUGUCAUGCCGCCCUUAUUUUCUUUCAUUCCCAACGACGUCGGAGAUCAAGCGAGCGCCGCCGCUGCUUCCCGCGCCGCCAACCAACGGCAGGCUGAAAUCGCGAAAAACAAACUUCUCGCUUCUGUUGUGAAGAAAACUGUGUUGGACACUUUGGUUCCUAUUUUCGCGUCCAUCCGCUUGCGCAUGCUGAAUCAGCAAAGCCCUCUUCUAGAAGAGCUCAGUCGGUGUAUGAUCGAGAUCUGUGCGGAAUUCCGAGACGACCUGAGGGAAAAUCUGGAUCCUAGUGUUGCCAGCGAGAUCCUAUUCGACAUGGAGCAGGAAGAGCGCAGAGACCCAAGUUUUGGGAAGUUCGGACGGAGGCUGCCGUUAGAAAAACUAGUUUUUCAUGUGGACAAAACCUCAAAAGCGUUAUUGGAGAGGCAUAAUAAGCUGUUUGGUACCUCCGGACCUGGUUCUCGAUCGUCAUCUGUAAUGCGUGCAGCUGGACACGGGGAUCAACAUGACCUACAUCUUCAUUUGUCCUCCAGUACUAGAUUUCAUAGAACAAGCUCACCAGCAGAGAGGAACAGCCGUAGCAUGCAGCGCACAGGUGGACGCAAGCAAACUAGGACUAUGAACAACAGCUCUUCUAGGCCUUUUGUCCCAGCAGGCGCAGAUUUAGAAGCUACAGCAGAGAAUGCUCUAGUUCUUUUACCUGACAACAAUGGCAAUGCUGGGACGAGCCUCAACAACAACAGCGCGAGAACACCAGGACCUCCAGGCAGUGACUUGAAACCAUCAAGACUGCGUGAAUUCUUAAACAAAACCUGCGAAGACCCGAAGUCUAUCCUUGCUAGUGACGGACGUGGAGGUGGUGCAGGAAGUUUAGUAGAGGAGAGGAAACUACCGUGGGCACAGAGGCAGCAACAGAAGAAGGAGAAGGAAAAGGAAAAGAACGACAACAAAAUGAAAAUGCCACCUCCAAAAUUACCAGCUAAAUUCUGGGUGAAAAAGGAAAAAAAAGAGGAAGAAGGGGUAGUUCAUACACCUGCAGGAGCGUCUUCUACCCAAGGUGGAGCGAUUCCCAGAUCGUCUGCUGAAAGCAAUGUCAUCGCAACUCCAGCAGAACAGUUCCCAGAUGAACAAGCGUCUGAAAUUUCACUUGGAGAUUUCAACUUCGAUGAAAUAGGAGGCACUCCACGUGAUCAGGCCGGCAAUGGAGAACAGCAGAGAGAAGUAGACCAUCGUGGUCAAGCAUCUGCAUCAGCUGCCUCGUCUACUUCUCAAAAUGCUGAGGCUGUAGGUGCUAGUGGUACGGCCAGAAAAAGAAGGAAGGUCAUGCCGAAUGCUUCGAGGUCAGGCAGAGCGACAGGGGCUCCUAAGGCAAAGAAGCAGGGAACAAAAAUGGAGGACGAUGAUGAGUGACGAUGAUGAGUGAGGAGUCUCCUAUGGCUCUUGUACUUGAAUAAAGGACAUGUUCUACAUACCACGUUCUCUCUUACGCGUCUAAUAAUAAUAAUAAUACAUACCAACGUCGGAAUGAUUAAUCGUACUCUCGGAAUCUUAUCCACUAAAUCCAAAUCAUAAGAGAGUCUAUUCGGAAUUACUGACAUCAAAGCAAAAAACGAAGAAUCUUCAAUAUAACGAAUCCUGUUAGAUCAAGACUUGACUUAGACUUCUUUUAUCAAAAAUGAAUCGCUCUCGGAGUCGGAACAAAAAAGUAUUAUAUCCGUCGUGUCGUGCCGGCAAAGAUCUAGUGGAUCUCCCAUUCAUCAAAAAAAUCUCGCCAGUGGCGCCUGAUACCUGCUCUCGAGGCACUACAACUGUGUUUGCAAGAAGUUGGGGUGACUGACAAAUCAAGCGAAAGAUAGACCGAUAACUCAC